ACUCCGGGGAAAUUUUGAAGCAGACAAAAGUCGCUUUUAAAGAAAAGGUGGAAUUUCAAAGGCCGCUCCCGCUCUUCACCCUCUUCCUUCCUCUUUGCUGAUAAUAACAGUUGGCUCAGUCGAUAUUGCAGAACGGUGAUUUUGUUUGAUAUAGUAGAAGCAAUGGAUUCCUUUGUUAGUUGUCCCUUUUGUCACCUUAGUAUUUCGCAAUCAGAAAUUCAAAGGCAUGCCAAUAGCCACUUUGAGGAGGAGGAGAAGGAAUCGGCUCAAGGAUUUGCCCUUGAAUCAUCAUCAUCAUCGCCCUCUUCUACUCCUUCGGAUGAGAAAGUAUCUUGCUUGGUUGCUUUACAGGUUAGGAGCUCCUUUUACCAUGUCAAAGUAGAUUGUGGUGGUGGUUUGAUGGGCUUGCUGCGCAAGCGUCUGGAAUCAGAUUGUGAUAGUUUUACUAGUUCUAGGGUUUUAUUGUCUGGUUAUGUUGAUCAUUACCAGAGCAUCCCUUCUGAGGAUUCUGGUUGGGGUUGUGGAUGGCGUAACAUCCAAAUGCUUAGUUCUUUCUUACUUUACCAUAGAGAAGAUGUCAAACAGCUUUUGUUUGGUGGGUCUUGUUUUGUUCCUGAGAUUGCUUAUCUUCAAAGAUGGCUUGAAAUUGCUUGGGAUAGAGGUUUUGAUGCCCUAGGUGCUCAUCAUUUCAACCAUUCAGUUUAUGGGUCUAAAAGUUGGAUUGGAGCCACUGAAUGUGCUGCACUCUUUCGUUCUUUUGGCCUCCGGGCUAGGAUUGUUGAUUUUGGUCCUAAGGAAAUGGAAUCUCUUUUUCUUUCUGUUCCUGGUGCCCAAAUUGGAUCUGCAAAUGCAAAAUUGAAGAGAAAAGCCUUGAAGGUCUAUGGGCCCAUGGAUAGGUAUUUGCUAGGUAGACAUCAUGAUUCACAGGAUGUUGGAUCCGUUGUGAAUCACUUGCAUGGUGGAAGCAAUCAAAUUAAAUUUUCAAGCAAGGGGGGUCAUCAGGUUCUCCUUGAUUGGGUGUGGAAUUACUUUUCAGAGGGUUGCUCAACCUCAUCUGCUCACCAUCAUCAUAUCAUUGUUACUGACAGAGCGCCCUUGUACUUCCAACAUGAUGGACACUCAAGAACCAUUGUUGGGAUUGAAGCCAGACAUCAACAGAAUGGCAAACUGCAAUAUAAUCUUUUGAUUUUGGACCCUGGUCAUAGAACAGCAGCUCUGGAAAAAUCACUUAAAGAAAAUCUUGGAUGGAAGAAACUAAUAAAAAGAGGAGUUCAUACACUAAGGAAGCCUCAAUACCAGUUAUGUUAUAUUGAUUCUGGAGUAGCAAGAGGGGAGGAGAUAGAGAAGCUCAAGAUAAUGGAUAGUGACUUUAUUGAACUCUAGAAGAAGAUUUUACAUUAUGCUAUUCGCUUUUAUCCUUUUCUUAUGUAUUUAGAACUCGUCCUUUCUCUUUUGAUGAUGAAUAUGAAUACAUGCUCAUUUGCUUUCCAUUGUA